GUCGCAUCAUCAAUCUUCAAAUCUUCAUCUUCUACAUAGCAAAAUGACAAAACUCUUCGACUACCGUCUGUUGUGCUUCGAUGUUUAUGGCACCCUAGUCGAUUGGGAAUCCGGGAUCGUGAACGCCUUUCAGCCGAUCCUCGACAAGAACAAUUUCUCCAUUUCACGCGAGCAUCUCCUUACUGUUUACCAUGAGCUCGAGCAUGAGCAACAAGCUCUGACACCUGAUAUGCCAUACUCCGAACUCCUGGCAAAGAUCCAUCCCAAACUUGCUCAGCGCCUCUCCCUCGCCCCGCCGAGCGAGGAAGAGAGUAUCGCAUUUGGCGAAUCAGUAGGGACAUGGCACGCCUUCCCCGACACUGUCGAUGCUCUCAAGCGUCUAUCAAAGUACUACAAGCUGGUUGUCUUGUCAAACGUUGACCGGGAAUCAUUCGCCAAGACGAACGCAGGGAGUUUGCAGGGUGUCAAGUUCGAUCGCAUCAUUACCGCACAAGAUGUGGGCUCGUAUAAGCCUGAUCUGCGCAAUUUCGAGUACAUGUUGAACACUGUACAGGCCGAGCUGGGAGUCGGCAAGAAUCAGGUCCUGCAGACUGCUCAGAGUCAAUUCCAUGAUCAUCAGCCUGCCUCCAAAGUCGGGAUUAAGUCGGUGUGGAUUGUAAGGCCAGGAGCUAUUAUGGGCAACACUAAGGAUACUAUCUAUGAUUGGAAGUUUGAUACUCUGGGCGAUAUGGCACAUGCUGUAGAAAGCGGCCAGUGAAUGAUACUUCUAUGAGAGGAGAUCUUCAAGCCAGGCAAUUAUGUUGCUUAUCAAAUACACUCCGCAAUGAAAAUGGUCCAGCGUGGACAGCCAAAAAAUGUGACCAAUCCAAGAUGGUGCCCACUCCAGCCACUUCUAGACACGAGCUUUCUUCAUGCCGGCGAUCAACAUUGGGGAAUUAUCCCAGUCACAGAUGGCAGAGGCUGCCAGGUUCUCAAACCCUCAUGCCAGGAUCUACUGGUUCAUAAAAAGAUGUUAUUCUUAUAUAGGCAAUCCAUGGUAGCUAACCCCAUGUAGAGGUAGUCUAUCUUUAGUUCAAGGAAAGAUAUACAGUAU